AUUUGGUGUGUUUGCAACCAUACAAGCUCGUAGAGCUGUAAUAACUGCAGAACGACUCCCUCGAGCAUCGCAUCGCUGCGAUUACAACGCGUAACGGCACUUGCGCAACUCUGCCGCCACCACAAUAGAAAAAAUGGACGCCCCACCAGCAGCCAUCGACCAGACGACGGUAACACCGUCAACUUGCUUCCUCGACCCCGUCUGGCUGCAGCAGGUUGGCGGCGCGCGCGCGGACAAUGUCUUGGCCUACUUCGAGCGGUCGCCGUUCUACGAAACGGGCGAGGGCCUCGAGUUCGCGCUCGAGCGGUCGCGGAACCCGCGCUGCCUCGCCAUUUCUAAAAGACGCAAGAAGGCCACGGGCGACGGGUUUGAUGUGGAGGCGUACUUUUAUGUCUUGGACGGCACGAUCUACCAGUGCCCGACGAUCGACGCGCUCGCUACUUCGAGGUUGCGCAAGGCCGGCAAUUACCUGACCAAGGCCUUCGGCGAGAUGCGCGCCGAGUGCGAUCGGUUGGAUGAGGCGCGGCGCGCGUUCGUCGAGGCGCCCGCCCUUGCAUCCGAGAAAACGCCAGCCCCGCGGUCGCGCGCGGAGCUUGAAUCUAGAGGCUGGCUGAACCCGCCGCGCGACGAUGAAGAUUUAAAACUGCGGGCGUUCGUGGAUACGCACAUGGCCGACUACCCCGAGGGCGUGCUCUCGAUGCGGCUGAACGACGGCGCCGCCGUCCAGCCGCGCACUCCUAACGAGGAUUCAUGA